UAUUUUUAAGUUCAUUUCAGUUUCAGCUGUUAACAUUCACAGAACGGAAUUGUAUUGGAAACAAUAUAAUAAAAACAGCAUAAUAUUUUCGAAACUGACAUGUGUAUUCAACUCACUUAAAUUCUUUAAUUAAAACACUUUAAAAUUAGAGGCAAAAUAUUUGGUUUGGUUUUUUGUCAUUUCGUCAUUUUGCAAUUUAUCUAUCGAAGGUAUAUACCGAUACCUGUUGCGAUAAAUAUUUAUGAAUUUUAUCGAAUACAUUCAGACAUUUGCUUUGCGCCAGAGUAUAUACACGUUUAUAAAUGUUAUAUUCGUUUUUGGAUGAGAGUGAAAUGUGUAUAAGGAACGUAUAUUUAUUGUGCACUAAAAGAGGUUGAUUUAAUUCAUUUGAUAACAAUUCAUAAACUGGAGGUUACUGAACGUCUCUAAUCAGUGAAAUAUGACAGAUAUGUACUACGGCGGAAUUGAAGGAGGUGCAACACAUUCCAAGCUGAUAAUAUGCAACCAAAACGGAGACAUUAUUGCAACUGGAUCCGGUCCGUCCACAAAUCACUGGAUGGUUGGCAUUCCAGAAUGUGCAAAGAGAAUAGCUAAAAUGGUCGAAGCCGGUAAAAGUGAAGGAAAAAUUCCACAAAAUGUCAAAUUGAAGACGUUGGGAUUAAGUUUAAGCGGCUGUGAACAGGAAGCGUCAAAUAAGGCCAUAGAAAAGGAACUUUUGGACAAUUAUCCUGAAGUGUCCGAAAAGUAUGUAGUAUGCAGUGACACAAUGGGAAGUGUUGUUACAGCUUCGCCAAAGGGUGGAUUGGUACUGAUCGCUGGUACCGGAUCAAAUGCAUUGCUUUCGAAUCCGGACGGAAAAAUCUACAGUUGUGGUGGAUGGGGAAACUUCCUGGCUGACGAAGCUAGUGCAUGGUGGAUUUCACACAAAGCCGUCAAAACCGUUUUUGAUCAUGUGGAUGGUCUGAACGUAUCCCCCUAUCCAAUUGACACCGUAUGGGAACUGAUAAAAUUGCAUUUUUCGGUCAGUACGCGAGCCGACCUGUUGGAGUAUUGCUAUGCAAAAUUCCAAAAAUCAAUGUUCGCCGGACUUUGCCUACGAUUAUCUUAUUCAGCUAAUGAUGGCGAUCAGCUGUCCCAGCAUCUCUUCCGCGAGGCCGGAAUCCAGUUGGCAAAGGCAACGUUAGCAUUAAUACCAAAAGUGUGUCCCACUUUAGUGAAGGCAGGUGACUUGAAUAUCGUUUGUGUGGGAUCAGUGUGGAAGAGCUGGAAUUUAUUGAAAGAAGGCUUUCUGGCCGAAAUCGGAAAAGGUGACUUCAAUUUUGGACUAACACUUUUAAGACUCAAUCAAUCGAUGGCACUCGGUGCUGUGUAUCUUGGUGUCGAUGCCAAUAACUAUAACAUGCCAAGGGACUAUGCAAAAAAUUAUGAAGUAUUCCAUUGUUACCACAAUAAGACAGUAAACAAUAACAACAGCAAUCAUGAUUAGAAAGUGGAAUGCGUCGGUUAUUUUAAGAUCACAUCAACAAAUAAUUAAAAUUAAUUAAUUAAUUAACCCAUGUGCCACAAUGAUGCACAGGAGGUCAAAGACAAUACAAACUUAUAAAUUAGAUAGCAGAGUUUUUGAAAUGAAUUUCAUAUUUUUAUAGCACCCAACUAUACGAAGUAAGAUUUAUGACGAAAAAAGAAAUGUAAAAAAUGUCUACUUAAAAUUAAAGAAUGCUCAAUGUACAACCGAAAAAGAAUAAACGAAUCAGCAAACAAA